AGUCACAUCUCGGACGCAGUGUAGUGUGGGUGUGUAAUUCCUAUAGUUUGACAUUUUGCGACAUUAGUGAACAUCGGGUCGGGAGAUGCUUGAAGCAGCUCAAGCGAUAUUUCAUCGAAUAUCCGAAACAUUUGGAAUAGAAUGGGCGCCGAUGAACCUCCCAAUGUCGCGUCGACUGCAGACCCUCGCUGCCACUGGAUGGAUAUGUCUCGUACUGUUCGGUGAAGCAGUCACCAUUUUUCUAUACAUCAGUGUACUGUACUCCUCGCUCUGGUGGUUGGCGUUGCUGUACGCGGUGUGGAUGUUAAUGGAUAUCGAUGCACCGAACAAAGGCGGUCGUAGGUUCGAAUGGGUGAGAAACUGGGUCUGGUGGCGAUACUACCGGGACUAUUUUCCAAUAAAACUGGUCAAAACUGUCGACUUAGAUCCGUCAAAGAAUUAUCUCUUCGCUUGUUUCCCUCACGGCGUGGUCUGUUCCGGGGCUUUUGGAGCGUUCGCAACAAAUGCACUGGACUUCUAUAAGACGUUCCCUGGAAUGACAUGCCAUAUGAUUACAUUAGGUGGCCAUUUCUUGGUCCCGCUCUUCAGAGAUUUUAUUAUGGCUUUGGGUAGUUGCUCUUCGUCUCAAGAGAGUCUUCUGUACCUGCUGGACAGGAGGAGACAUGCUGGAAAAUGUGUGACCCUGAUUGUCGGCGGCGCUGCUGAGGCGCUGGAUUCUCAUCCGGGCGAAUACAAAGUGAUCCUCAGUAGAAGAAAGGGAUUCGUACGUGUUGCUAUGAAGUCUGGAGCCCCCUUGGUUCCUGUAUUUUCUUUCGGUGAAACAAAUGUAUUCCGUCCGUUGAACAACCCACGGGACAGUCUGCUGCGGAAGUUCCAAGAGAAAGUCCGCGAGCUCACAGGCAUUUCCCCAAUGUUCCCUAUCGGCCGAGGCAUUUUCCAGUACUCUUAUGGUGUUGUGCCAUUCCGGUCUCCAGUCACUACUGUUGUUGGAGUUCCCAUGGAAGUGGAGAGAAACCUUGAUCCUACUGAUGAGGAAGUGGACGCUGUACAUGCGGAAUUUACGAAGCGACUUGUUGAGUUGUUCGAGACAGAGAAGUCAAAAUACUCAAAGGAUCAUAAGAAUAUGAAUCUAGUUAUAACUUAGUGAUGUCAAUGCUGUAAACAUAUUAUUUAAGAACCUGUGAGAAAAGAAGAUACCGCAACAAACAAAGAGUAACAGAUCUAUUAGAAAGAUAAAAAUAUAAUAGAAUAGAAAGAUUAUUUCUAUUCUAUCUUUCUUGUGGUACAUUUUAAAACAUGCACGCAUUGGAAUAAAGAGAGUGCAAACUUAUUAUAUUCAUUUUCCCGUGAUAAUUUUUUUUUUGGUGAAGGUAUACCAUUUGUUACUUAAUCCAGUUAAUAAACGUGGUUUAUCUGUGAGAUAAAUAUCAACCAAGUCUAUUUAGGCGUUUGUGCGUGAUGAAGGAAUAAACAUCUAAACAUUUUUACAAACUUACAUUUAUAAUAUUAGUAUGGAUUUGGGCGUUCUAAAGUUCAGAAAUCAACCGAGACAGCAAGACAAAUCCAUAAUUUAUAGGAAAAAAAACAAAUAACACGGUAUUCCAUCCUAUUAUAAAUAGUAAGGCUCUUAGGCUUGAAAAAGAGGUCAAAGUUUUCAAUCUCACAUGUAUGAAGUGUUUUUUUUGCGUUUUAUAGAAGGUUCCAAACGAACAUGCGGCACCUGAUGAAUUGCAGAUUUGUCAGUCUUUUAAAAAGAAGUUUCUUGAAGACACAGGCUCUCUUCGUUCUGUUUUGUAAUUAUAAUGUACGUUCUAAGUAACGCUCUCAAAAAAGAGGAAACCUGUGCUCAAUCGUAGAAAGUAUGCAAGCUGUUACGUUAUUUUGUAAUAGUGUUUCCUUUAGACAUAGACAAAGACAUAUUUUAAUAGCAUCGAUGCAAUCAGAGAAAUAUAUUACACUAUAAAAAUAAAUUAUGAAUGUAUAUUAUUAAACUCAUGUACGUUAUAAACUUACAAAGGAGAUAAAUACAAAAUCUGUUAUCCGUGAAUGCGCGCACGUAUAACCACAGAAUAAUAUGUAGUACUGGUAUCAGUUUGUACAUUCGUACAUUUGUGAGAUUUGGACUAUCUUCGUUUACCUCGAUAGUACAGGAAUUUCGUUCAUUAGCUCAACGAACACUCGCAUUGCGAUUGUUUAACUCUGGUAGAAAUCGUUGUUGACUUCGUUUUAAAGUUUGUAAACGUGUCAGUAUCGAUUACAAGUAGAGUUAUUACAUUAUUAUAUUAAUAUCUUAUUUUAAGUUACAAUAAUAUCGUAACGUUGUUACGGAGUGAUUUCCGAACCAACAAUUUUCAAACGAUUUCUACACACUACUGGUUAUGUUUUCAUUAAGUGUAAUUACGCAGAUUUUUUUAUAUUUUAAUAAACUUUAGCUUGCAGAUUAAAACAAUAAAAUGUACCAAAUAUUAUAUAUUGCUCAAUAUAGUUUUAGAGAUUUUGUAAGUAAGGUAAUAAUAGGUUUUAAAUUUAAUUAGUUAAACGUAGGUAUUCGUAAGUCAAAAUAAUUAUUUUUAAAUGUGCUGCCGGUUGAUGGUAAGAGCUAAGUUCCUUAUUACAAGAUGUAGAUAUUUUAUAUAUAAUGGUAUAAACAUUUAUGUAGGUUUUAUAAUGGUGUUUUUUGUAUACGGGUAAUUAAUAAUGUAGCAUUUAUUUAAAAUAUACCGUACAGACCUAACUCUAGCUACAAAAGUACUAGAACUACUUCAAGUUCAAUAAAAACAUAAUCAGGUAAAACUGAACCUCCAAUUGACGAUCAAUCAAUAGUUUUGAUUUACAAGCGCCUUUUAAAAGCGCAAGACUUGUGUAACGCAAUAAAGGGAAUUAAUUUUUGAAUUAAAAAAAAAGAGGCUCAGUGUAGGUACUUUUUUGACUCGGACACAAGAGAAAGAAUAAAAUAAUUAUAACUUUUAACAAAAAGUAAAAACUGUCUUCCAAUUGCUAAAAAAGAAGUUAUUUAUUUGAUAUCCUUAGGUGUGGAAUUUUCUCUCCAAAUUCAUAUGGGACCAACCUCGAUACACCCGAGUUGAGAACCUCCUCUUUUUUGAAGUCGGUUAAAAUAAAGUAACAUUUCCAGUAGCCGCAGCCCCCUCAACACGUAACAGGGGGUAAGAAUCCUACUCCUGGGUUUUGGAUCUGAAUUAAUUCAUUGCAGCCGAUUAGAGUCCACAUAGGCCUCCUCAUACAAUGCCUCAAGGGAGGUAUUUGGUAUAGUUGCCACACUUGGCAGCCGGUUUGACAACCGCAGCUUAAUCUCUAGUUGUUAUAACGCUGCUGCCCAUCUCCUGGUUCAGUUUCUCUCCCAGUCAUCCAUUACGACACCUACAGAAUGAUAUAUAGGGUAUAUAUAGGGUAGUUAGUUUACGUGGUAGAGCCAUGCUGCAGCUAUAUUAGUAGUAUAGUUGUAGCACGAAUGGGUCGGCUCGACCGGGGAAGGACCACGCGCUCACAGAAUACCAACGUAAAAUAGCAGCUUAACGCUGCUGUUUCGUAUGGUGAUUCUAGAGAACCGGAGACCAAUUUUACUGGAAAAGAGGCAUUCCAUCUUAGUCCUCACGGGUGACAACGCAUCUGCAUUUUGAGACUUUAUUGCGGAUAGAUGUAGAUGUCUAUGGGUCACAGCAACCACUUACCAUCAGGUGCAUCGUGUACUCGUUUGUCACCCUAUCCUAUAAAAAAAAGUGAUGGUUCUGACGCCGCCAUUACAAGAUUAUAUGAAAAUAGUAUAAUAAUAAGUUAAAAUAAAUAACACUGUUAAAAUAUUAAUACUUAUUUGCACGUCCCAUUAUAUGUAGUUAUGUGGUGUGGUAUGUAGUAGAUUAAAAAUAGAGUUUUUUUUAUUUUUAUAUUAAUGCUUUCUUAAAUAAAUUACGUUUGUUUUUUGUUUUUGUUUAAAUAAAUUACAUUUGAUGUUUUUUUCAAAUAUAUUGUACUGAAGUACUCAAUCAACUCAACAUCGUUAUUAUGACGUGAAAUUCAGUAUGAAAUUUGUAUAAAACAUGUUUUAAGAAAUACAAUCACGGAUCUUGAUCAAUAAACUUGUUUUAAUUCAUAAAAUAUACCACAAUAAGCGAAUGAGACAGAACAAAUAACACGUAAUGGAAAGAACAGUCAAAUGAAGUUUAUUUAUUGUAGGGUAGAAUGUAAAAAACUUAGUGUGUUUGUCUCUAUGUACCCGUUCUACAAAAUAAAUAGAGCCGGGUAGAUCAGUGGCUAAGCGCUCGCAGUAAAUUUCAAAGUACGCGAGCAAUUUCAUUAGUGCCGGUGGGGUUCGAUCCCCACCGGCACUAAUGAAAUUGUUAAUUGCAAUUAUAAGCGCUGGUUUAACAUUUGUUCAGCGGUGAAGGAAAACAUCGUAAGAAAAAUAAAAUAAAGUAAAGUACGU